GUGAAAAAUUCAGUUAUCUUUUCAGUACAUCAUUCCUUAUAGAACAUAUUCACUCUAUUAUAUUCUCCUGCAUCCUUUAAAACUUUAACAACUAUAGUAAGUUGUAGUUGAAUAUCUGAUGUUAGCCUAAGCAAUUCUUUACCCUGCACUUCUGUUAUUUCUUCUCAUAUCCUUUUCCUGCAUUUGGAAUUUCUUGAGUGAUGGUUGCUCAUAUGAUUUUUCUUUGUGGUUUCUACUUAUCUUUUUCUCCUGCCUUUGAAAUUUCUUGGAUUAUUGUUGCAACGUCUAACGUUAUUGUUGGUUUUGGUUAUAUGUUGAUUUUACUUUUUUAUGGCUGUCCAAAUUUUUGUCACAAUCCAACUUUGUUGAUUUGUUAAUUUCACUGCAAUGCUGAAGAUGAGGUUUGUUUGAAAUAGUUUUUUUAGCUGAGUUGUAGCUUAAGUUUUUUUAAAUGAUUUGGGGAAAUUCGUGUGGUGAAUAAUUUUGAAUAGCUUAGUAAGUAUAUACACAUAAAGGAUUGAAAUUUUAAGUUUUAAUUUUCUGUUUCUCUCUGCCUCUUAUAUAAAGUGAACACAAAUCUAAGGGAAUUUCUGAACAUCUUUAACAAUGAUCAGAGCAAUGAGAUUGCUACAAAGUUGGGGUGGUGUCUGGACCAGCAUCGCUAGUUUCAUAUUCAUGUGGGAUAGGAUCCGUCGAUACUGUCCCCCUGAGCUUAUCCGAGCUUCUGAUAAGUGGACACAAAGAAUCAGGAGCUUUUUGUACCCUUAUAUUCAGAUUUCCAUCAGUGAAUUCAUGAGCAACAAUCUCAGGCCUCAUGAUGCCUAUUCAGCAGUCGAGGCGUAUCUCAGUGUCCACUUAGCAAAAGAAGCAAAGAGGCUUAGAGCUGAAACGGUAAAUGGUGGGAGCAAGUUGGUGCUAAGCAUGGAUGAACAUGAGAGAGUUACUGAUGAGUUUUGCGGAGCAAAAAUACAGUGGAUUUCAGGCAAACUUGUGCAACGGGAAAGUAAGUACUUGCUAGAACUGGAAAGAAAAUAUUACAAGCUUAUGUUCCACAAGAAAUAUCGUGACAUGGUAACCGAUAUUUACUUGGAGCAAGUGAUCAAGGUAGGGAGAGAGAUUCAGAUGAGAAACAGGAAGAGAAAGCUCUACACUAAUAAUGGACACAGCAAGACCACAUGGAGCCAUAUCGUAUUUGAGCAUCCUGCAACAUUUGGUAGUCUGGCAAUGGAAGCAGAGAAGAAGCAAGAGAUUAUGGAUGAUCUCCUCUUGUUUAGAGAUAGCAAGGAUUUCUAUGCAAGGAUUGGCAAGGCGUGGAAGCGUGGUUAUCUACUAUAUGGUCCCCCGGGUACUGGGAAGUCUACUAUGAUUGCUGCAAUGGCAAAUUUAUUGGAUUAUGACGUGUAUGAUCUUGAACUGACAUCUGUGAGGGACAACAUAGAAUUGAGAAGGCUCUUAGCUGAAACAUUAAGUAAGUCUAUUAUAGUGAUAGAAGACAUUGACUGUUCACUUGAUCUAACAGGUCAAAGGAAGAAGAAAGAGAAGACUGCAAAGACCAACAAAGAAGUUCCUCGAAAGGACACACAAGAGAGUGGAAGUAGAAUCACUCUCUCUGGGCUUCUGAACUUCAUUGACGGUCUUUGGUCUGCAUGCAGUGGAGAGCGUAUAAUUGUCUUUACUACAAAUUAUGUGGAUAAGUUGGAUCCAGCUCUUACAAGAAGGGGAAGAAUGGAUAAGCACAUCGAGCUCUCCUACUGUAGCUUUGAUGGAUUCAAGGUGCUUGCAAAGAAUUACCUGAGCUUGGACACACAUCCCCUAUUUGAAUCAAUUGAAAUUCUAAUGACGGAGACCAAGAUUAUACCUGCUGAUGUUGCAGAGAACCUGAUGCCCAACUCCCUGAGAGAAGACGCAGAGAAAUGCCUUCUGAAGCUGGUUGAAGCUCUCAAACAGGCAAAACAACUGAUGAUAAAGAAAGACGAGGAAUCCGCACUGUCUGAAGCUGCAGAUGGGUUGCAGGAUUCUAUAGACAAAAUUUAAAUGGUUAUUUUUCACAAUUAAUUGUAUG